GUGCUGCCGUGUCGCGGCAUCGCUGCGAAGCGCAAGCAAUACACAGUUGUGUUAGAGUGGAAUCACCAAUCAAUUACAAUUUAAUUGCUGGACGAACCUUGCGAUCGUUUCUAUCAAGGAGCCAGAGAAAAGGCCGAACACCAGUUUCUUGGCCAAAAUGUUGCAUAAAACGGACGUGUCGAACUUGAUUACAGGCCUUAGACCUAAAUUAAAACAAGCUGUCACAUACUUAGCCCACCAUAAUUCCAAAGAGAUUACGAAGCUUGAAGCUCGAAAAGGAAAGGAUGCAGAGAAAUGCAAAAGGAAAGCUGAAAGGUUGCGUUUGGAAACAUUGUUCCUUCGGAAAAUUGUACUAGAUGAAGUUAGCAAGUACGCAUUGAAGAUGGACUUCUCACAACGCCAGAAACUGCUCGAUGAUAUUAAUUUGCCUUUAGAAACAAAGGUGCUGGUAAAAUUAUCUACUUCCAAAGAUGUAGUUUCCUACUUGGAAAAUUUUAGAUCAACACACCCUGAAUGGAAAGAAAAACUUCCUGGUCUCAUUGAGACUCUAGGUAUUUUCACACGAAACAAGAAGAAAGUUAAAAAGAAUAUAGAAAAAUCAGAACGCAAAAUGGCAAGGAAACAGCUAAAUGCUGAGAACAACACCUCAGUCUUGUCAAACGAACACAAAGAUGAUGAAAAACUGAAAGUUUCAACUGUCAAAGCAACAAAGAAAGUUGCUAAUAAUCAAGCUACUCCAACAAUUAAAACAAGUAGCAAAAAGGCCAAAAGUGGUAAAGUUGCAGAAGACAGUGAAGGCAGUGAUGGGGAGGACAGUGAGGAAAUCGGUAGUGAUGGGGAGGACAACGAGGAAAUUGGCAGUGAUGGAGUGGAUAGUGGGGAAAUCGGCAGUGAUGGAGAGGACAGUGAGGAAAUCAGCAGUGAUGGAGAGGAAAAUGAGGAGAUUGGCAGUGAUGGAGGGGACAGCGAGGAAAUCAGCAGUGAUGGGGAGGACAGUGAGGAAAUUGGCAGUGAUGGAGAGGAUAGUGAGGAGAUUGGCAGUGAUGGAGAGGACAGUGAGGGAAUCAGCAGUGAUGGAGGUGACAGAAAGAAAAUUGGUAGAACGAUAAACAAGGAUAAUACCAAACCACUCAAGAAGAAAAGAGAAACUCAUGCCGCUAGUGGAAGUAUGAUUGCUGAGGUGCGCCGGUUUGCUGAUUUACAGAAGGAAGAUAAUUCAGAAAGAAAAUUGAAUGCCAUUUCUUCAAUACCAUCAAGUUCUGGCCCGAUUGAAAACGUACCAGUUGAAGAAGAUAGCUUCUUCUUGACAGGAGGAAACAGCUUCCUAAAAACAGUUUCUGUAAAACGUGCAGAUGGAGAAGGUCUUGAUAGAAAAUCUUGGUCUGAAAGUAGUAAAAACCUGUCUGGCAAUAGAAGGCAACGACGUGCACAGUUUACAGGAAAAGACUCUGACCAAAUUAAACCUAAAUCCUUUAAAAAUAAAUUUGAUAAAACCCAUGAAAGAAAAAGAAAUACCAAUGCCAGUGGUGAACACUUUUCCAAUAAUAUCAAAAAUAAUGUAAAUGAUGUUUCAAAGUUUAAUAGGAAGAACUUUAGCAACAAAAACACAGGAAACUAUGAACAAUCUAAUGAAGAUGAAACUUUACACCCAUCUUGGGCAGCUAAAAGAAGGCAAAAGAUUUCUUUGAAUUCUCCUCAAGGAAAGAAGAUUGUGUUUAAGGACAACCAAACUACAGGAUUAAAUGUCCCAUCCAGUAAAGAUGAAACCUUACAUCCUUCUUGGGCAGCCAAAAGAAGCCAGAAGGUUUCUCUUGACUCUUUCCAAGGGAAGAAGAUUAAGUUUGAUGAUGAUUGACUAAACAAUCAAAGACUGUAUUUUAAGUCUUAAAACAGAUUAGUGUGUUAAUGUUUUGCAAAUAAGAAAUCCUUCAAAUGUAACCACUUUUUGUAGAACAAGUUUAAUUUUCUUGACAAAAUGUUAUUGUGGAUGAUGCUUUCUUUUCAGAGUGAAUAUAUAAUGAACUUCAGACAACUGAGCAAAAUACAAUUAUAAAACGGGACUUCCAGAGUCUAAAUCAA